AUGCCUCCUAGCCCGCCUGUGGCGAUGUGGUUCUUAUACAACACCCACUUCACUGAAGUGACGUGCCCGAAGUACAUGCGCUCCUAUGUUUCGUCCUCCAGAACCGACCUCGAGAGGCAUCUCAAGGACCACCGCGGGCUGCUGACUGCUGCGCCGCCCAUCCUCUCUCCUACAAUUAUUAUUCAAGAUUUGGACGCGGAUACUCAGGAAACGCGCGCUCUCCCCGAGUCUGACCCGCAGGGUGAAUUGAGCUCAAUGUCUAUUUGGCACAAGAUGUGCGCCCCCGCUUGGUCUCUGGUCUCCGCACCUCAAGACUUUGCUUGCCCCAACCUUGACUGA